AUGCACAUAUUAAAAAGAAAAGAUCAAUUGAAGAAAGUUGGAUAUUUUGCCAAAGAUGCCUGUUUUGCUACAAAUGCAAAUAUUUUUUUAGCAGAAAACUGUGGAAGCCCAAAAUUUGAAUGUAAAUGUUUACAUAAAAAUGAUGCGAAUAAUGGACUUCGAAUUUUGGAUUACUGGAUUUUACGCAUGGUCAAAAUAACUGAUGAGAGUAAAAAAAUAGUUUUCUUGAUGUGUUUGGUUUCUAUUUUGCCAACAUUUUUUGACAUCAAAUCAUUUCCAGUAACUGCAAAUUCACCUAUCCUUCUUUUUGUUAAAAUAGUUUUAAGACUGGAACAUGUUAAUUUGGCAAAUAUUGUAGAUCAAAAGUUCAAUUUUACCUCUGAAACAGCUCUAGAUUUGGGAAAAGCAUUGGGAAUUGCAACAUGA